AUGGCAAGACAGUGGUCUCACGGAUUGUUCGGUUGUUUUGAUGAUUGUGGCACAUGUCUCGUUACCUACUUCUGUCAUUGCUACACGGCUGGCAAGAACGCCGAGGCGGUCGGAGACAGUUGCCUACUCUGCGGACUGGCCACUUUUGUUCCGCUGGCAAACAUCUUCUUCAUGGCGCAGAUCCGUUCUAAGAUCCGGGAACAGAAAGGCAUCGAUGGCACGUUCCUGAAUGAUAUUCUGGCGACUUGCUGUUGUCCUCUUUGCAUGCUGGUGCAAUCAGCCCAAGAAGUAAAAGGCAGCCCUGGAGCCAUGUCCAUCGCUCGGUCUUGA